GCCAUUUCCUGUCCAGCUCUGGGCGCUUCAGGGAUUCUGGUUCACAAUGGCUGACUAUCAAGAGGAAGACCUGCAGAAAUUUCUUAAAAAUGUAGAUGAAAUCACCAAUUUAAUUCAGGAGAUGAAUUCUGAUGACCCAGUCGUACAAGAGAAAGCUGUCCUCGAGACAGAAAAGAGACUGCAGUUUACAGAGGAAGACCAAGAGGAGGACAAGUGCAGGACCACCGUGAACAAGACCAUGAUCAGCCCUCCACAAGCUCCCACAAAGAAUACAGAUGAAAUAAACACAGAGGCCUUCUUGGCAUCUAUGGAGAAGGAUGCAAAAGAACGUGCCGAAAGAAGAAGGGAAAACAAAGUCUUAGCAGAUGCCCUAAAAGAAAAGGGGAAUGAAGCAUUUGUCAAAGGCGAUUAUGAAACAGCCAUCCUGUGCUACAGUGAGGGUUUGGAGAAGCUGAAGGACAUGAAAGUACUGUACACCAACCGAGCCCAGGCUUAUAUCAAACUUGGGGAGUACCGGAAGGCACUGGUGGAUUGUGACUGGGCUCUGAAGUGUGAUGAAAAAUGCACAAAAGCAUAUUUCCACAUGGGAAAAGCCCACCUGGCCCUAAAGAACUACAGUGUGUCUAGAGAGUGUUAUCAGAAGAUCUUAGAAAUAAACCCCCAGCUGCAGACACCGGUGAAAGAUUACCUGAAUCAGGUAGAUCUUCAGGAGAAAGCAGACCUUCAAGAGAAGGAAGCCCAGGAAGCACUGGAUUCAGGAACAAAAACAGCCGUGACGACCAAGAAUCUUCUGGAGAUUCUUUCCAAGCCUGAUCAGAUCCCCUUGUUCUAUGCAGGGGGGAUUGAAAUCCUGACUGACAUGAUGAAGGAUUGCACGGAACGAACUUUAUUCAGAACACACAAUGGAUUCAGUAUCAUCAGUGAGAAUGAGGUCAUAAGAAGGUGCUUUUCCACAGCAGGAAAAGAUGCAGUGGAAGAGACGGUAUGCAUGUCUGUUCUCAGGCUCUGGCAAGCGGUGUGCAGUGAGAACGAGAAGAACCAGCGCCUACUUCUGCUGAGCCCCGACACGGGCCAGCUGCUGCCCUCCCUCUUGGCCUCCAGGGUCCCGAACAUCCGGCAGCAGACCCUGGCCCUGCUGCUGCAGCUUGCCCAGACGGAGAAUGGACGGAGCCUGAUCAUGGGCCACCUUGACCUGACCGGGUUGUUGGAAGCCCUCGUGUCGUUUCUUGAUUUCUCAGAUAAAAAGGCCAACUCAGCCAUGGGACUGCUCACAGACUUGGCUCUGGAAGAAAGAUUCCACGUCUGGUUCCAGGCCAGCCUUCCAGAUGUUCUCCUGGCACUGACGGGCGUGCUGAAGAGAGAUCCCAAGGUCACCAACACCUCAGCUCUCUGCCAGUGUAUUGCCAUUAUGGGAAACCUCAGCGCUGAGGCUGCCACCCGAAGACAGAUGUCUGCCUCUGAAGAAUUCAUGGAUGCCUGUUUGGGCCUCAUGGCCAAGUGUGAGGAGGAUGUGGACCUGUUCAGAGAGGUCAUAUAUACCCUCCUGGGACUCAUGAUGAACUUGUGUCUUCAGUCCCCCUUUGUCUCUGAGGUUUGGGCCAUGGAGGUGAGCAGGAAGUGCCUGUCUCUACUGAACAGCCAGGAUGGAGGAAUCCUCACAAGAGCUGCUGGCGUUCUUAGCCGCACCCUUGCUUCCUCUCUGAAAAUUGUUGAGGAGGCCCUCAGAGCAGGAGUGGUGAAGAAAAUGAUUAAAUUCCUGAAGGCAGGAGGCCAGACUGCGUCACGUUAUGCGGUAAAGAUACUCGCCAUCUGCACUAAUAGUUAUCACGAAGCGCGAGAAGAGCUGAUAAGACUGGAUAAAAAGCUCGGUGUCCUGAUGCAGCUGCUGGGCUCGGACGAUGAGAUUCUGGUGGGCAACGCCACCCUCUGCCUGGGGAACUGCAUGGAGGUGCCACACAUGGCCUCGUCCCUGCUGACCACGGACAUCGUGCCGGUCUUGCUGAAGCUCGCGGGCGGCGAUGCUCAGAGGACGGCCGUGCAGCUGAACGCGGGCAUCGCCCUGGGGAAGCUGUGCACGGCCGAGCCCAGGUUUGCUGCUCUACUGAGAGAGCUUCACGGGAUGGAGAUUCUCAACUCUACCAUGAAGUACAUGGACAAUUCUUGAGAGGCGUGGCGUCCGCGUGAGCUCUGGCUUGUUCCUGUGCCAAUAAAGACUUUCUGAAUAUCCACUCCAGACCUGAAUACUGAUCUUCAGAGUGCCCGCCUGUUGGUUUCACUGGUCACGAGACUUUCCCAGACUCUCUGGGUAGGAGGCGGGACCUGCACGGUAGAGUGAAUGCCAAGUGUCCCAGACCAAAGUUCCAAAGGCCUGUGGUCCUAUUUACCCUGCUACCUGGCAGCUGUGUGACUUUGGGCAAGACACUCAACCUCUCUGAGCUUUGGUUGCUGCUUUUGGAAAAGCUAGAGUAAUACCUGUCCAACCUAUCUCCAACAUUACUGUGAAGAUUAAAUGAAGUUUUGGAGGUAAAGCCACGAGGAACUGCAAAAUGCUACACAAAUAUAAGAGAUUUCUAGGCUCCAUCUUGAGAUUGAGGGGGUUGACUUUGAUGUCAUCUGAGUUAAAUUUAAGGGGGCUGGGAAAAGGUAAGCACACGUCCUUUAAGGAAUCAGAACUGGAUGUUUUUGGACCAUGUAAGAAAGGAAAUCCUC